AUGUCCGCAUUCUAUCCUUCAGCAUUGCCGGUCCAUCAUGCCUCCCUUCCACCUCGACGAACUCCUUCCCCGUUUUCACCGUCCUCGAAGCGACCCGCUACUCAGUCCUCAUCCAUUACCUCAACUUACUCCAAACUGACCCCCCAGGAAGCCGCCGAUCGCCUAAAUACGGAUUUAGCACGCGGUUUAAGCCCAUCUGCAGCUGAAGCGCGCUUACUUCGCGAUGGUCCAAAUGAGCUGCCACAUGAAGAACCGGAGCCGCUCUGGCUUCGGUUUCUUAAACAGUUCAAAGAACCUUUAAUCCUCUUGCUUCUCGCAUCGGCUCUCAUAUCGUUCUUUAUGCACAACUUCGAUGACGCAGUUAGUAUAACUCUCGCCGUGACUAUUGUCGUCAGUGUGGGCUUUGUGCAAGAAUACAGAUCAGAAAAAUCACUGGAGGCGUUAAAUAGACUUGUUCCACAUUAUGCCCAUUUGGUUCGUAAUAUCCCAUCCAGCGCCACCGGUCGGACAAGCCCGGGUACAGGGAGUGGCAUCGAGCAAUACGAAAUGCAAGAACUUUCGGACAGUUCUUCUUCUGCUACCUGUGAAGCUGCUAAAGGAUCUACGACUGUUAUUGCGAAUACCUUAGUCCCGGGGGAUCUGGUCUUAUUUUCUACCGGAGAUCGGAUUCCUGCGGACUUACGCAUUACCCGUGCUACUCAUUUGACCAUCGAUGAGUCCAACCUUACCGGCGAAAACGAACCGGUAUUAAAAUUUUCUCCCGCUUUAGCUCCUUUAAGGUCAACGUCCUCAGCACCCGGCUUCACUCCUCCGAGAACUCCAUUUUAUGAUUCACCUGCAGCUGGAACUGUUGGAACGGAUCUCCGUCUCAAUGAGCAACAUAAUAUAGCAUUUAUGGGAACUUUGGUACGGUCCGGGCAUGGCCAGGGUAUUGUAAUCGCUACUGGCCCUAACACGGAAUUCGGAAGCAUAUCAGCCUCUCUUCAGGAAAUCGAAAGCCCGAGGACACCCUUGCAACUCUCUAUGGAUAGGCUCGGCCAGGAACUAUCAUAUAUGUCGUUCGUUGUUAUCGGCGUUAUUGUUGUUAUUGGCUUAAUUCAGGGCAGGAAACUCCUUGAAAUGUUCACCAUCGGCGUCUCACUCGCCGUGGCGGCGAUCCCAGAAGGGCUUCCCAUCAUUGUCACAGUCACCCUGGCACUCGGGGUCCUCAGAAUGGCGAACCGUGGAGCUAUUGUACGAAGGCUACCCAGUGUCGAGACAUUGGGCUCCGUGAAUGUGGUUUGUAGCGACAAAACAGGCACACUUACUUUAAAUCAUAUGACCGUUACGAAAAUGUGGCACUAUGAUGCGAUCGCCCCAUUUGAAAUGUUCAAAGAUGGUGUACCUGCCAGUCUUACCACAGCUGCGCAAACCAUACUUCGCGUUGGAAAUAUCGCUAACAAUGGUCGCUUAUCCCGGGCACACGCCAAUUCUCCCGCUACUGCUUCCUCUGCUGCUAUUCUAUCAUCGACAGCUGACCAUUCGUCAGACGCGGUAAAAAGCCGCUGGGUUGGUCAACCAACUGAUGUUGCGCUACUCGAUCUCCUGGACAAAUUAGGAGAAGAUGAUCUUAGGUUUCAGCUUAAUGUGCGAGUUUCAGAAACGCCCUUUAGUUCAGAGCGAAAAUGGAUGGGAGUUGUUGUCGGCAAGACUACCCUGAAUGAUGGCACUAACAAUAGCUGCAGCGAGAUUGCGUAUAUCAAGGGCUCACUCGAAGAAGUUCUAAAACGAUGUGAUACGUAUUUAACGAAAGAUGGUCGUGAAAUUAUACUAGAUGAACGGAGAAGACAAGACGCGAGAGAUGCUGCCGAAUCUAUGGCCCAAGAGGGUCUCAGAGUAAUUGCAUUCGCAAGCGGGCCUGUCAAGAGUGUAAACAAGGCUAAAAGUCAAAGUUCACUUUCCCAUGACCCAACACAUGACCACCAUGCCCAAAUACACGGAGAAGAAUGUUAUACUAGUCUUGUAUUUUCUGGGAUUGUCGGUAUGAACGACCCUCCACGGAAAGACGUACACAAGUCGAUUCGCCGACUCUUAAGCGGCGGCGUUAGAGUGAUUAUGAUCACUGGAGAUGCUGAAACGACUGCUGUCGCCAUCGCGAAGAAAUUGGGUAUGCCGAUCAGCACAUCACAGGCUGCAAGGUCCGUUCUGAGGGGCGACGAAAUCGACCAUAUGACCACACAAGAGCUGGCCCAAGUCAUCCCUAGCACUUCCAUAUUUGCUCGGACGAGCCCCGACCACAAGAUGAAAAUUGUGAAGGCGCUCCAGUACCGAGGAGACGUAGUUGCCAUGACAGGUGAUGGGGUAAAUGACGCGCCAGCACUCAAAAAAGCAGACAUUGGAAUUUCCAUGGGUCGACUAGGAACCGAUGUCGCAAAAGAAGCGGCCGAUAUGAUAUUAACCGAUGACGAUUUUUCUACAAUUCUUAGAGCCAUAGAGCAAGGCAAAGGCAUUUUCUACAAUAUUCAGAAUUUUAUCACUUUUCAGUUGAGCACAAGCGUUGCAGCGUUGAGUUUAGUUCUUGUCAGUACAGGGUUGGGGUUUAAGAACCCUCUUAAUGCUAUGCAAAUUCUCUGGAUAAAUAUUCUCAUGGAUGGCCCCCCCGCCCAAUCCCUGGGCGUAGAGCCCGUCGACCCGUCAAUUAUGAUUCGGCCUCCUCGUCCUAAGCGCGCCCGUGUGCUUACCAAAUCCCUUAUCCGGCGCGUCCUCACAUCCGCUGCCUGCAUCAUGCUUGGUACCCUCGGCGUCUACAUCCACGAAAUGAUUGACCACACAGACGAAGUCUCCGGCAUCACCUCUCGUAUUGUGACUAGACGCGACACUACUAUGACAUUCACUUGUUUCGUGCUUUUUGACAUGUUCAACGCGCUAACGUGUAGAAGCGAAGGCAAAUCAUUACUUCGUGGAGAAAUCGCGCUUACCAGCAACAAAAUGUUUAAUUACGCAGUUAUAGGCUCGCUACUUGGCCAGGCUUGCGUCAUUUAUUUACCGAUAUUACAGGACGUCUUCCAGACGGAACCGCUGAGUGCGGGAGAUCUAAUUUCACUUCUAUGUAUUUCUAGUUCUGUCUUUUGGGUUGACGAGAUUCGGAAGUUUUGGGCGACUCAACGGUGGAGAAGAGGCGGAUGGUUCGGCUUUCCUUCGUCAUCUCAGCUAUCCGGGGCUGGGUACAGUGUUAAUGUCUGA